UUUUGAACCAAUAGGGACGCGGGGAGGACAGGAUGGCGUGGCACAUGCGUUUGUAACACACGCGGGUUACAGGAGUAGUAGGAAGUGAGUGUCCUGGUUUGUAGGAACCCGCAGCAUCUGUUGUCGCCACAAUGACGAAGAGUAAAAUAACCAAACCCGAAUCCGAGAGCGUGGAAAUCAAGCGCAAAACAAAGCAAAAGACUAAGAAGAGAGUCGCGGAGGAAAUGGAGCAGAAGCCGUGUGAGGAGAAGGAAGAGGGUGAGCCUGAACGAAGGAAGAAGAAAAAGAAGAGCAAGGUCAAGGAGCCAGAAGAGGUCCUCCCUGAGGUACAGGGAGAAGAGGAGGAGGAGGAGGAUGAAGAGGGCUUAACGCCGGAGGAGAGGAGGAUUCUGGAACGAAAGAUCAAGAAGGAGCGUAAGAAGGAGGAGAAGCAGCAGAUGAAGGAAGCUGGGGUCAGCGCUCAGGAGACGGAGCCUGUGAAGCCGUCCGGGUCGCAGAUGGCCCAGGACUAUCUGACCUGCUGGUCCAAAAACCGCAAAGAUUGGAGUUUUAAAAAGACAAGACAGACCUGGCUUCUGAAGCACAUGUUUGACAGUGAAAAGGUUCCUGAUGAGUUAUUCGAUGUGCUGCUGGAGUAUCUGGAUGGGCUGAAGGGUGGCGCUCGCGAGACCACGGUGAAGGCGGCAGAGUCCGUCAUCAGAGACUGCGAGGAUUCGGAAGACAGCGCUGCUGCGGUGAAGGCAGGACGAGCCAGAGAGGUCAUCCAGCUCCUCUCCUCCUAAACCUGCCUGCUUCCGAACAGCCUGGCAUGGGAGAGAGAGACUGGGCAUGGAGGUGGAGACCGCAGCUGGAGAGGUCUGGAUUGGUUCAUCUGUCUGCCAGGUUUGCAGGGACGUUAUCAUCCUGCAAAGCGUAGAGUAGAAGCACAGCACACUUUUAAAAGCUGGAAUGAAGCAUGUGCCCAAAGCAGUGAAUUGCUUUUGCAAGAAUUCCCCGCAAACACAGCCAAACAGAUGAACCAAUCAGGGACGACAGCAAACUCCCUGGACGCUAGCUUAAAUUAAUCAAUAGGCCUGUAAUAUCACUGUUCAUUUGUUUUGUAUCUGUGAAUGUCCUGUAUCAGAAUAGGUGUUCAGUGAAGUCGCUAGCCUGGGACUCCUGCCAGGGUGCUGUAUAUUAGGCACCUGCAACGCAGAAGAGUAUCCUAGGCUCGUCAGUAUUCCGCCCCUUCCCGUCACCCAGUAGGAAUCCUGGGUAUUCCCACUUCUCUCGUCAUUCUCCAGAUGUGCUGCUGUUUAUUAGCAUACAGUUGUGCAAUAUCCUGGAAUUCUGGUGUUCUGGACAGGCCUGUCUGUAAAUUGUGUAAGCAGCAGAUUCCUUUAGGAAUGAAACAGUUAGGAGAAACUCUCCACCUGCCAACAGCAGAUUUAUGUCCCUGAUAACCUGUCUCUCUCUGUCUUUCUCGUACAUCAGCAAUGUAAUCCAAGGUAUAUAAAACUUUUUUUUUUUUUUAAUGAUACUGGCUGAUGGUCCUUUUGCAGCAUUUGACCUGUUUUGUUUUAAUAAGUGCAGAGAAUGUAUUUUAUUAAUGUCAGACGAGUUUUCUUUGUUUUUAGUUUUCUGUACAUGUUUGUUAUAGUUCUUCUGUCUUGCCAAAAUCCCAUUAAAGCUGAUGUCACAUA